GUGGAGCUGUGUUUGAGCUCGUGCUGAAUCUAGAGCCUGUUCACACGCGGACGCACCUGGAGAGGAGAGGAGUGGACAAACUUUUUACGCAUCCGAGUGCGCACGUUCCCAAACGCGUGUCGUGCGCGUGCCGUGCGACCGCUGCACCGCAUGACUGCCUAAUUGCCUGGAUGAACGACUGAGUAGCUGAAUAGCUAGCGAGCUGAGUGAGUGACUGUGUGGCUGGCAGGUGAGAGCUGCCACAGCAGCUGCCACACUUCGUUUCUGUGCGUUUUCUGUGCAUUUCCGUUCCGCGCGAGGUUCCCAUUUUUUUCCAAGCCAAGAUUGGGAGGCUAGACCACGCUUUUUAAAACGCUUUAAAAACAAUAAAAAAUCAAUUCGGAUGUGCACGCGCUUUUGUUGGUGGUUGCAUGGCACGCGCUACACAGAGAGAGAGAGUCUUGCUGUGUGCGCGCUUUCUAUCUUCCUCUCUCUUAUUCUGGCUGCUCCUUUCUUCUUCUUUUUCUCGUUCUCCAGCUGCUGCUUGCUCGUAGCCCACAAGCAAGGAUGCACGUGCUCUCUGCAGGCUGGCAUUAGUGCGUUAGUGCAUCAGUUGAUCAGUUCAUCAACCGCAGGUUUCUGAGCCACGCUACGUUUGGCACCGCCCCGUGCGUAAAAGCGCACGAGACGGACGAUAGACAACUAAAAGGAGAAGGAGGAGGAGGACACCGUUACGAUCAUCAACGCGGAUAAAGAGGAGCUCUAAACACGUCUACCAGCCCUGCGGACACUUGUGGCUCUUUUUAAGCAGCUUUUAAGCCUCAUUCAGGACUCGUGACUUCAGCAUCCUCCAAAUCCUCUCCAAAUGACGCAGCAAAUGAGCGUAUUUUCGGAUCUGGAAAGGUUCUCCUCAUAGAACUUCUCAAUUCUAUGAAUCUCUUCUUGGGAAACUUGACUAAACUUGGACUAAGUGUGAACUAAAUGACUUUAAACACCAAACUGAACAACGGAAUGAAGCCUAAUCAAGCUAAUCAAGGGAUUCCUUUGCCUACCAGUCCAAAAAUGAUGAAGGUUCUCCACAUUGCGCCAUUGUGAUCGUACUCAGGAAAGAAAGAGCAUCAGAAGGAGAUAAAGGAGAAGAAGGAGGAGGAGGAGGAGGAAUAAAGAUAUCGUCCAGGACCCAAAGUCUUCUCAGCAGUUUGCCUGUUUGUUCUUCACAAAAGAACAGAAGAGGUGAAGAGUGAAGAUGUUGCGCUCCUGCAUCACAGCCUGGAUCAUCUCCUUCUCCUUGCUUUGCAGAGUAAUGGAUGGCAGACUGCUGCUAGAGGGUCUGCAGAGGUUUGGCGCGGUUCCUACGUACCUGCCAGUCCAGUACCAGGUCCUGAACGCGGAUCUGUCCUUCUUCCUCAAAGAGGCGAAUCAGGACAUCAUGCGAAACUCUAGUCUGCAGGCCAGAACCGAGCUCUUCUUCAUCCAGCAGGCUAGAAGAGUUCCUACUGUCAACGCUAGCUAUGGACCUCUCUCAGUGCAGCAGCCUGUACCGAUGGAGUUCCUCGGUCCAGGGCUGCUUAACAACCCGUCAUCAUCGUCAUCGUCUUCAUCGUCUUCGUCGUCUUCUUCGUCUGUAACUUCUUCUACAUCAACUACUCCUUCACCUCAGCUCUUCACCUUCAACUGGAAGGUUCAGACCUUCAUCAUAAGCGAACGCAUCCACCCCAGCUGGCCCAAGGUGCAGGUCCUUUUCUACGUGGUGGGUCGAGACUGGGACGACUACAGCACCGUGGACAGGCUACCCUGCGUCCGGAUGUUCGCCUUCCACGAGACGCAGGAGGUCCGAGGAACCUGCCGGUUGAAAGGUGAACUUGGGCUUUGCGUGGCUGAACUUGAGCCACUGCCCAGCUGGUUUAGUCCACCUAGUGUCGUACCCGGGAGGCAGAGGGCACCGGAUCAGACGGAGGGCACUCCAGUGGAACUCUACUACAUGGUACAGUCCACAGACUCCGGCGACUGCAACGCCGAAGAUUCCCGCAAGACCGGAUCCAUACGUUCUGAGCAGCAGGGGCCGGCCGGAUACUUCUCAGGCCCCACGCCCAUGAGGAGAAUCGGCAGCGUACGACUGUUCCAGCCCUUAUCAGAACUGCGACUCGACGGCAACUUCGUGGUGAUGGUGCCUUCCAGACCCAUCAGGCAGAGGGAGACGGUUUCUGCGUUCCUGGCGGCUUCCACCCUCUCGUCCGUGGAGAUUUUCACCCUCAGGGUGAAGCUGAAAGAGGGCGUGGCGUUUCUCGGGGCUCGGGCGAGUAAUCCGGUGCAUUGGACGGUGAGUCAGGACGUGAGGAGUGAGGGACACCGCGUGGUCACGCUGCACUGCCGCAGGAAGGACUCCGGCUUCAGCCAGAGGGUGGACAUGGGUUUUCAGAAGGUUCUUCAGGUGGAUCUGGAGGUGAACGGGCUGCUGGAUCCUCUGGGCUCUCGGUCGGUUACCUGGCAGGUGGAGUACCCCAUCACCCGGACCCUGUCUGAGGAGAUCCCCACGCUCAUCCGCCUCGCACCUCACGACCUGGGAGGCAUCGUGCCGCUGUCUAUGGAGACAGAGAUCCUCAACACCGCCGCGCUCACCGGGAGAACCGUCGCCAUCCCCGUCAAGGUGGUUACCGUGGGAACGGACGGGGCGGUGACCGACGUGACGGAGUCCGUGGAGUGCCGCUCCACCGACGAGGCUGUCGUAAAGGUGUCGGAGAGGUGUGAUUACGUCUACGUGAAUGGGAAGGAGACGAGAGGCAGGGUGAGGAUGCUGGUGAACUUCACCUACAGCUACCUGAGCUCUCAGCUGGAGCUCAGCGUCUGGAUGCCCCACCUGCCCCUGCAGAUCGACCUGUCCGACCCCGAGCUCAGCCAGAUCAAAGGGUGGAGGGUACCUGUUCCUCCCAGCAACCCAAGGUCCAGUGGUGAGGAUGAUGAAGAUGAAGCAGUCAGAAGGGACCGAGGCUGUGGUCCUCAGUACCAGAGCACUACAGUACGAGUCCUCACACACUUCAAGGCGGAGCCUGAAGAAUGGCGAGGUCAGCCGGAGUUUUUGCUGGGCAGUGAUUGGCAGGUGGAUGUGACGGAGCUGGUGCGUGAUUCGCUGAGAGUGGACGACUCUCGCGUGGCCGGACUGAUGAACGGACAGGUGCUGAUGGGCCUAAACACAGGGACUGCUAAAAUCCAGGUGAUGUCUCCUCUGUCGGAUGCGGUGCUGGGGGAGAGGAUGGUGCGGGUGCUGGAUGAUAAAGUGAGCAUCACUGAGCUCGGGGUGCAGCUGGUCUCAGGACUCGUCCUGAACCUCCAGCUCAGUCCUGGAUCCAACAGAGCCAUCGCUGCCACCACCACCACCCAGGACACCAUGAACAACCCCAAACAGGAGUCUCUGAUCAGCGCUUGGCUGCAGUUCAGCGACGGUUCCAUGACGCCUCUGGACCUGUACGAUCCGGCGCACUUGGUGUUGACGGCCACGUCGCUGGACGAGCGUGUGGUGUCGGUGCAGAGGGACUCGUGGUGGAAGUGGCCGGUGGUGGUGGUGCGAGGCGAGGGGCAGGGCCUGCUGGUGAGGGUGGAGAUGUACGGGCCCGAAUCCUGCCAGACCAAGACCAAGCGUCGCACUGUUCUGGCCGCCGGCAACGCCAACAUCCGCGUGAAGUUCGGCCGCAGCGAAACGGAGGGCGAGAACCGAGCCGGUGGCGACCGCAGGCACCGGCCGAACGCGCCGUAUUACGGAGGCUCCAUCUCUGACAUGGAGGCCGGUAUUGUGAACAGAGGAGCUACGACCAUUAAAACGGCGGCUCCCGGCCGACCAGGCGGGGACCGGUACACAGCCAGGGACGUUCCCGCCGACUUUUCAGACUUUCCGGCGCAGGCGGACCUUCCGCGUGGGCGCAGCACAGACGAGGACCUCCUGCAGGCGCGGCGCGGACUUACGGACCUGGAGAUCGGCAUGUACGCCCUGCUCGGUGUCUUCUGCCUGGCCAUACUGGUGUUCCUCAUCAACUGCGUCUCUUACGCCCUCAAGUACCGCAACAAGCAGCUGCCUCUGGAAGGCCAGGAGACCAUGGCUCACCACGCUCAUGACUGGGUGUGGCUGGGGCACGAGGGCGAGCUUCUGGAAGGUCACGCCGGGCUUUGCCUGCAGCAGGAGGAGCCAGGAGGCACCAUGGACUCUGGACUGGGUCUUGAGGAAGGUAGUCAGCUUCUAAACGGGCUUUCCGCUCAGAAGAGCAUGCACCGGUCGGCGUCGGACGGUGGCGGUGGCGGUGGAGGAUGCUCGGGAAGGGAGCACAAAAGUGAUCCGCUGAACUCGCCAACCACCAAGAGAAAACGUGUCAAAUUCACGACCUUCAGCCACCACGGCAAAUCCGGCAACGGCUGCGCCUCCAUCAGCCCGCUGGUCAUCGGCCAGAACGACAUCCAGUGGGUCUGUCCGGACAUCGAGCUCGGCGACUCCAAAGAGCUCCGGAACUACAUGGAGCGUCUAAACGAGAACGCCACCAAAAGCGUGGCGUAGUGCGGCGGCUUCACCGCGACUUUUAUUUCCGGACAAAAGUGUAGCUCACCCGUAUGCCUUCAGGAAAAGCAGGAGCCGGGGAUCCGAUCCGGCGGCGCCGCCGCUCUCAGACGGGCUCGCAUCUCACCAUGAAAAGACGGGCCAUUCAUCUGGUCUUGUUUCCAUGGCAACUGUCACAAGGGUUCAUCAUCAGAAACGAAGGAAAACGAAAAAGUAAAAAACGAGAGAGAGAGAGAGAGAGA